AUGGAUCCUUCACUGUCUGAUCCGAAUAUCGUUAUCAUUCAUCCCCCGUUCGUUACCUUUCCAAAUGCUCACCUGUACCCGGAAGGCCUCUCUUACUCGUUGAUGGCUGCGAAUCCGGAUUGGUUCUUAGAUCAGAACGAUUUUGUCAACGGUUCAUCUACCAGUCCAGAUGCAAUUCCUUAUCCUCCGCAGCUUGAACCGCCUAGAGGAUGGUGCCCAGCCAAGAAAAAGGAUCUCAAGGCUUUGGGCCCUGAUGGCUGGCCCGAAGGGGAAGAGCCCAGGCUGCGUUGCACAUUCUGCAGGAGAACGUACGCAGGAGUCAAUGCAAAAAGCAUGUGGAGGCGACACGUAUAUGAGAAACACAAAAUUGCCAUGUCAAAUCGUCGUGAAGGACAUGAUCGCACUCGCGGUGGCCGCGGAUCUGGCAGGGAACGAAAUAACCAUCACGACAAGGAAAAUUACACAGAUGAUCGCCGGGCUUCCAGGGGACCAGACAACAAAUCCAGAAAGUCAAGAAACUUAUCCUUAAGAAAUAGCAUAACACCUACCCCAGACCCAGAGGAUAAUGACGACGAUGAUGAUGCAGAUGACGAUGAUGAUGAUCCCCCCGUUCCCUCUGCACCUGUCAUUAAACAGAAUGAGUUUCCUGCACUUUCGUCUCCUCCCGUCCUCAAACAUGCAAAGUUGUUGGACGAAGGAGUCACGCUGACAGAUUCCUAUAAUUUGCGGGGAGGUCAAGCUGAUGACUCGAGUGCAUCCCCAAAAACAUCAAGAUUUGCUGUUCCCAUGUCUCCUUACGACCCGACAUUGACGCCAUCGUUCCGUCACUCUCCACCACGUCUUCCUUCAGACCAGCCCUGGCGCUUCCCGAGUCCAAGCCACCCCCUUCAUUCUGGGGCUAGGGAAUUUUGCUUGUCGAUGCUCGCGCGUGCGACUCCUGUAACGAAAGGUUCUUCUGUUAACGAUUCAAGUUCCCCAAGCACUGGUACGACGAGUGUUAUGAAUACUCCCUGCAGUACCACUUUCCGCGGAAAGACGUUUGGCGACCUCGGCAGCAUAUUCAGCGAAGGAAGCUCUCCUAUCAUCUUCAGACCUUCGCCACGCCACCUAAUUUCUGAUAAUCGUUCGCCAGUGCCAGUCUUUACUCGCCUUGACUUCCGCAAACGCUUAAAUGACUCCUCACUUGGCGGCGGUCUACGUCGCAAGCUUGGUCAUGACCGGAAAAAAACUGCCAUGAACAACUCCUUUGACUUGCAGGGCGGCUGGCUUUCUGAUAACUCGCUCUCAUCUUCGGUGAGCAGCUUGAGCAACCCAGCAAUACUAAGCCCUGCCCGCCUAACCAGCGAUGAUCCCUUUGGGAGCCCGUUCAAGCCGCUUGAAUCUACUUUGCGACACCCACCCGAGAAAAGGGUUAUAUUGCCGCCUCUGUCUAGUCCAGAGGUGGAAAGCCCAGUGAUGAGACAUUUCCGUUUACCGGACAAUGAAACGUCAGAAUCCAAUGACGGACUCGUCGGCCUAGGCAUUGGGUUGAUGGCACCGUUUGAUCUUUCUACUUCCCAUCGCGAAGCAGAGGAGAAGGAUGAAGCGGAAGUUGAGGGAGUGUUAAUUGAUGAUUUGGCACCACCAUUAAAGAAACGCAGAGUGACGUUUGGUUAG